AUGCCGUCCGAACGGGACUACCAGCUCCACCCAAUCGUCCAAGACUCCGUCAUCCACAACUCCAAGGCCCUCUCCAACCUACACAGCCUCGCCGCAUCGCUCUUCGGCGUCAGCGCCGGCAUCCUCGGCCUCGAGUCCUACAGCGGCUUCCUCUUCUACCUGGCCCUCUCCACCAUCACUACCCUCCUCUUCUACGCUCUCCAGGUCGCACCCGAGUCUCUGGCAGAGAGGCGGUCCAUAUUCGACACCGGGCGCUACUUUCACGGGGCCAUGGACUUUUGGACGAGCGGGAUACUGGGCGGUCUCUCCGGGUUCAUCUUGACGUGGACGCUAUUUUACGGCUUGGUGAGGGCUUGA